AUGUCUUUCUACACUGCCCUUAUUCUUUACAAUUGUGGUGGAAAACUGUUUAGGGAGAUUAAAGCUAGCUGGGUUAUUCCAAAAGGAUGCUUUGAGCUUCUGAGUACAAAGUUUGUGGCUUUGGGAAGGGAGAAGAAAGCUAAAACAUUAUGGGGGUUGUUUGUUGUUGGCAGUUUUCUGGAACAUUUGGUUGGAGUGCAAUAG